AUGGCCGGUUCUCCACGCCUGGACAAUACCAACUGGCAAACAUGGUUGCAGUCAGUGGCGGGCAACAAAACGAUACCAGAUCGCUUCUCUUGGCAUCAGCUCGGUACUUGGGAGCGUGAACCCGACACAACAGUUCGUGACCUGAAUACUUUAAGGGCGCAAUACGGCGUCCCGAACAGGCCGGUUGAUGUCAAUGAAUAUGCCUGGCCCACAGAGCAAAACCCAGCCAACGCUGUCUACUACCUGUCCCAAUGCGAGCGCCACGACAUUCGAGGACUGCGCGCCCACUGGGGCAGCGGAUCCGACCUUCAUAACUGGAUGGCCAAUCUAAUCUACAGCACCACUAGCACAUCAGAUGGCAUGUACUACCCAAACGGCGAGUGGCAGGUCUACAAGUACUAUGCCGCUAUGACAGGUCAGAGGCUCAUUACCACAGCCUCAUCAGAUCUGCAGUUUGAUGUGUUCGCUGCCAAGAAGGGCCAUAGCGUCAAGAUCCUCGCCGGCACUAGGACCAUCAAGGCACCUUAUAAUAUAACCAUUAGCGGUUUGGACACGGUGGGCCUCUCCGAGGACAGAACAAUCAAAGUCCGCAGAUAUCAAUUUGACUGGGCUGGGCCAAAGGGAAAGGUUGACGGCCCCGUUGAUCUUGGAGUACGGAGUUACCUCCUUUCAUCCAACACUGUGACAAUCACUGUUGACCCACCUACAAACUCCACUGCCUUUGCUUACGAGUUUGAUACAAGGAGCCACUAG